ACCAGCUCUGAACAGAUCAUGAAGACAGGGGCCCUUUUACUUCAGGGUUUCAUCCAGGACCGAGCAAAGCGGAUGGGAGGGGCGACUCCCGAGCUGGCCCUGGAGCGGGUGCCCCAGGAUCCAUCCACUAAGAAGCUGAGCGAGUGUCUCAAGCGCAUCGGGGACGAACUGGACAGUAACUUAGAGCUGCAGAGGAUGAUUUCAGCUGUGGACACACACUCCCCCCGUGAAGUCUUUUUCCGAGUUGCAGCUGAGAUGUUUUCUGAUGGCAACUUCAACUGGGGCCGGGUUGUCGCCCUUUUCUACUUUGCCAGCAAGCUGGUGCUCAAGGCCCUGUGCACCAAGGUGCCCGAGCUGAUCAGGACCAUCAUGGACUGGACACUGGACUUCCUUCGUGAGCGGCUGCUGGGUUGGAUCCAAGACCAGGGUGGUUGGGAUGGCCUCCUCUCCUACUUUGGGACCCCCACGUGGCAGACAGUGACCAUCUUCGUGGCCGGCGUGCUCACUGCCUCGCUCACCAUCUGGAAGAAAAUGGGCUGAAGCCCCGGUGGCCUUGGACUGUGUCUUUUCUGCAUAAAUUAUGACAUUUUUCCAGGAGGGGUGGGGAUGGGGGGGGACACGGGUAUUUUUCUUACUUUUGUAAUUAUUGGGGGAGGGGGGUUGGUCUCGGGGAGGGGGCAAUAAACCUCCUUUGGGCCACA